GGAAGGAACGAAGCUGCCUGCAAGAGCUCUGAUUUCUAUUUUAUCUACUGUCACUCUGAUCUUGUGCAAUUGUCUCUUCUUUCUCACAUAUCGUUCAACGCGUUCCAAAGGUUUGAGCUGUGAUCAAUGUCAUCAUCUUCAUCGUCCCCCCAACCAAAAGAUGAAUGUCAAGCUUUCUCAAGAAUUGAACGUGAAGGAAUAAGGAGAAAGGUUUCUGAAUCAACAACAUUGUAUGAUGUCUUCAUCAAUCACAGAGGCCCUGAUUCCAAAUAUUCACUGGCUCUUCCCCUCUACACUUCCCUUAAGGAGUUGGGAAUACGGGCUUUUCUUGACAAGGAAGAAAUGGAACUUGGUCAGUCCUUUCCUUCUACCAUCGAGACCGCCAUUCGCUCAGCUGCAGUUCACAUCUCUAUCUUCUCAAAAGGAUAUGCAGAGUCCCCUUGGUGUUUGGCGGAGCUAGUUCUCAUGUUACACAGCCCAGCUAAGAUUAUUCCUGUGUUUUAUGAGGUAGAACCCUGGGCACUGCGCCAUAUAGAAAAGGGAGUCUACGCUGAUGCAUUCAUUCAAUACCAAAAUAAAUCCAGGUACCUAGACAAGCUUAAGCAGUGGAAGGAAGCCCUCCAAUCUAUUUCAUUCACCACAGGUUACGAAAUGAAUAAUUCCAAUAUCGGUGACCAUAAAAGCAUACUAUCAGCAGUCCAAAGGGAAGUACAGAGGAUAAAGCCUUUGCAUGUUGCCAAAUAUCCAGUAGCACUUGACAAGCUCGUACAAGAUUUUGAAAGGCGAUGCCUUCACAAUCUUGUUCAAGAUUUUGAAAUCCACUGUGGAAUGAAUAGAGAAGAGGAAUGGAAGGCUAAGAUCGUCGGCAUCUUUGGCAUGGGCGGAGUGGGAAAAACAACUCUUUCGAAAGAGUUGUUCAACAGAAAGCGUCAACAAUAUGCUCGAUCUUGCUUUCUAUUUGAUGUCCGGGAAGCCUCAGUUAGAUGUAAUUUACCUUCAUUACAAAAGAAACUCCUUAAAGAUUUCUUCAAUGAAGAUGGGCUUCCUUUUGAAAGUAUAGAGGAAGGAGAAAGCUAUAUUUUUAAUUGUAUAGAAAGAAGUAGUUCUUUGAGUUUUCUACUUGUUCUAGAUGAUAUUGAUCACCUAAAACAGUUAGACGCUCUAUCGAUUAAGCAUAUGUUAGAAAAGUCUGGCAAUAGUCUGGUAAUAAUUACAACACGAGAUGUAGGAAUCCUUAUAGCCGAGGGAAUUGAUGUAGGUUAUCAUUUAAAAGGAAUGGAUAAAGAGGAUGCCAGACAACUUUUUACUUGGCAUGCUUUCUCUCAACCUCAUCCUGCCAGUGGAUAUGAAGAUCUUGUUGACGACUUCUUAGGUGUGUGUGGAGGCUUACCCCUCUCUCUUCAAGUUCUGGGAAGGCAUGUCCAUGGUCGAGAUGAAAACUAUUGGAGGUUAGAGCUUCAGAAACUUGGUGGGACAAUGCAUGGAGAUAUCAAAAAAAGCCUUAAAAUAAGCUUUGAUGCUUUGAACACAGAGGAAAAACCAAUUUUUAUGGACAUGGCAUGCUUUUUUGUUGACCAACUAAAGUGUAUAGCCAUAAGGGUGUGGAAGGCAUCGGGAUGGAGUGCUGAAAAUGGAUUGCAAGCACUAAAGGACAAGUGUCUUGUUGAAGAAAUAGAAGAUCCCAUACCUCUAUUGAGAAUGCAUGACGACUUGCGGGACUUAGGGAGGCAAAUGGCAAAUGAGCUCAACGAACCUCGUCGCUUGUGGCGUCAUCGGGAUCUUAAAAAAUUGGAAUCAAUGAAGUUUGAAAACAUUGUUGCUCAAACCAAAGGAAGGUGUUUCCAUUCAUAUUUUGACAAGUCUCUCAAUUCUCAAGUUAAAUUCUUUCUAGGGGAAUCCGCUGAUAGUGUAGAAAUGUCAUCAUGUUUGUUAUUGCUUCAUAUUUGGUAUCCAUAUCUAUAUUCCGGACCAAAUUCUUCCAAUUUAAAUUUGAGCGUACAGCCAGGAAUUCCUUCAUGGAUUCCGCUUCAAAACAUGCAGUUCCUGAGAAUCAGCAAUGGAUAUUUCAAAAGAUUGUGGCAGCAUGAUGCAGAGGCUCCCUCCGAAUUGAAGAAACUGGAGAUUUAUGGAACCUUUUUAGAAGAGUAUCCAGAUUUCUUAGGUAUAUUAACUCAUGUGGAAAAGAAAGUCGGAAAGGAAGUCCAAAAGGAAGUCAAUGCGGGUCAACACAUGUCAAAAAUGAAGUCAUUGGUUGUGAAGACAUGUAGAAGACUUUCAGGAUCCCUCCCUACGACUUCUGUGAAAGAGACUUCGUCUUUUACGGUUCCAUUGAACGGUGGCACAAAGUCUGUCACGGUUAAGGCCCCAUUGAGUUUGCUUGAAGAUUUAGUAAUUAGAGAACAAGAAAACGUAAGAAGAAUUGUAAUUGACGGAAAUUAUUGUCCUAGCCUUCAACCCUUGGAAAUUUCUUCCCUGAGGAAUCUUAUUGAAUUACAAUUUAGAAGAGUUGAAACAUUGAAAUGUCUUAAUGUUAGCAAGUGUGAAUUUCUCAGAAUUUUGUCAGUGACAUCUGAUUUUACAGAGCUUGAAGAAUUGAGCAUUGCUGAAUGUUCUAUGCUUGAGGAGCCAAAUCUUGGUCAUCUGAGCUGCAUGAAAACGAUCAGAAUUGAAAAUUGCAAUAUGACUAGUGUGCCAGGAAUAUUUAAUUUUAAGAUGCUAGUUGAAUUGAAUAUUAGUAGAUGUCCAAAGCUUCAUGAGCUAUGUCUUGCACAUCUGCAUUGCCUGGAAAAUCUUAUUGUUAAGGACUGUGAUCAUUUGAAAAGUGUGACGGGACUAUCUUAUCUUCUAAAGCUUGUAGAAAUUAGUAUUUCUCGGUGUGGAAUGCUGCAGCUUGAUUUGUGUCUAGCGGGUUUUAACAGUCUCAAAAGGAUAAAAGCUGAUAGGUCUGUGAAGCUAAAAUGUUUUGAGGUGAAGGACUGUAAAAAUCUGGAAACAGUAUCAGGAAUAUCAUUCGAAAUGAUUCGAGUGGUGAACAUUUGUGGCUGUCCAGAGCUUAAGAGUUUUCCAGUUAUUUGUGGUCGAAGGUGCUUAGAGAUGAUUAUAAUUGAUGGAUGUGGGAAGCUCAAUUACCUCACUUUGACUGAUUGUGGUAAUCUGAAAGGAGUGUCUGGUAACUUUGAUCUUGAUGGAUUAUCCAUAUCGGAUUGUCCGAUGCUUAAAGAGCUGCCAUCUUUUGGGCAGCUAAUUUACCUUGAGGAAAUUCGCAUUCUCCGGUGCGGGAGCCUGCAAAACAUGACUUACCAACUACUCUGA